GUAUGUAUGGCUGUAUCCUGCCCACAGCACUAUCUUCAAAAAAUGAUUACGAGGAGCACUUCAAAAUUUUCACCCAAAAAGAAAGAAAAGGAAAUACUUCCAAAUUUUUAUCUAUUACAGCAAUUACCGUUUCAAUUAUAGGAACAUUUAUCUGAAAAUCUCCUCCAAAUUUACAAUGUUAUGUGUCUUUACUUGAAUUCUCGAAGCUCACACUAGAUUACCAUGAAGAUCUUCUUCCUGUUGAGCUCUCUCAUUUUUUUCUUCACUCUUGCUUCCUCCAGUCCUCGUGCUUUGUUCCCACCAAGAGGUUGGAACUCCUAUGAUUCAUUCAGCUGGAUCAUUUCUGAGGACGAGUUCUUGCAAAAUGCUGAAAUCGUUUCCAAGAGUCUUCAGCCACAUGGAUACAUGUAUGUUGUGGUGGAUUUCCUUUGGUAUAGGAAGAAGGUCCCAGGUGCUUGGAUGGAUGCUUCUGGAUUUGAUGUUAUUGAUAAAUGGGGGAGGGUUAUCCCGGACCCAGAUAGAUGGCCUUCAUCCAAAGAUGGGAAAGGUUUUAGUGAAGUAGCCAGGAAAGUACAUAGCAUGGGAUUGAAGUUCGGAAUUCACAUUAUGAGAGGAAUAAGUAGACAAGCCUACGAUGCCAGCACUCCUAUCUUAGACAUUGCAACAGGGGCUCCCUAUGAAGAGUCUGGUAGACAGUGGACAACAAGAGAUAUUGGGCUCCCAGAAAGAGCUUGUAAUUGGAUGCCACAUGGUUUCAUGAGUGUAAAUACCAAGACGGGAGCUGGACGAGCCUUCUUGAGGUCACUUUUCCAACAAUAUGUUGAAUGGGGUGUUGAUUUUGUAAAACAUGACUGCGUAUUUGGUGAUGAUUUGGAUAUAGAUCAGAUAAGCUCUGUUUCAGAGAUUCUAGGGAACCUUGGUCGCCCUAUUGUGUAUUCACUGUCUCCUGGAACCCAUGCAACACCUGCUAUGGCCAAAGAUGUCCACGGGUUAACCAGCAUGUACAGGAUAACUUCAGAUGAUUGGGAUAAUUGGGGAGAUGUUGAAUCCCACUUUAAUGUUGCAAGGGACUUUGCUGCAGCUAAUAUGAUAGGUGCCAAUGGCUUGCUGGGGAGGUCAUGGCCUGACUUAGAUAUGUUACCACUGGGAUGGCUCACUGAUCCAGGUGCAAACGAAGGUCCACACAGAGCGUCUAAACUUACUCUAGAUGAGCAAAGAACUCAGAUGACUUUGUGGGCUAUGGCCAGGUCGCCUUUGUUCUUUGGAGGCGAUUUAAGAAGGAUUGAUGAUCAGACAUACAAUCUGAUUACAAAUUCUGAAUUGCUAGGAAUAAAUGAUUUCAGCUCCAACAAUACUGAGUUUCCUUAUAUUACUGGUACAAAGGCAUCUACCAUUGAGAAUAAGGUUCCCUCACAGAAGCUGACAGAAGUAGACAAAUCACAUACACAUGCUUUGGGUCUCACUGGCUGCAAGGAUCCCAAAGCAAAUGGUUGGACAUCUGAAGCCCUUGACCAAGAUCUUGAAAAAAUCUGCUGGAAGGAAAACUUGGGGAAUAUAUUUCGUGAACCAUUAUGCCUCUUCAGGGGAAAAUCUCUUUUGGAUUCUUUUUUCAAGAGAAAACCUCUUUUGAAGUCCGAUGAAGAGACAAUCCACAAACAGCAAUAUCAGGGAAAAUUCCAUUUAUCAGCUAGUGAUGGAAUGGAGUUAUGUUUGGAUUCUUCUCCAAAUGAAAGGCUUAUUUCAAAAGAAUUUACCAGCACUCCAUUUUCUCCUUGCAAAUGGGCUGUCAACCAGAUGUGGGAGUUGACUGCUGAUGGAAAGCUCGUGAACACUUAUUCUGGCCUAUGUGCAACAGUGAAUUCAAAAAAAGCUAAUGCUGGUUCUGGUGGAGUUCGUUCAUGGAUUGCAUCUGGCAAAAGAGGUCAAAUAUAUCUUGCUUUCUUCAAUCUGAACGCAGAGAAGACAACAAUAUCUGCAGACAUAUCACACCUAGCUUUAUCACUUCCUUGGAGACAAUUCAACAAGGGUUUAUGUAAGGGCCAAGAAAUCUGGAGUGGAAAAUCCCUUGAAGUGAGCCAAAAUAUAUCAUUUGACGUGGAGAUGCAUGGUUGUGCACUAUUUGUUCUUUAUUGUUCUUAGAAUAGCAUAGUUAUGAUCAGCAUUUCCCUUCCUACAUUCUUUUUCCACUUGAUUUUGGCUUAAUGAAGGUUUUCAUGGAAGUUUUGCCCAAGCAGAACUUCUCAACAAGUGUAGUAGCACAAAAUGUAAGUUGAUAAACUGCGUUCUGCUUCCAUUAUAGGAAAACAGUUCUGUAUGUUAGACGAAAUAAAAGCUGUGUGUGUCUGUUGUUGUAUGAUAUGAGAGAACCAGUACUGGAACCUAUUGCAACGUAUUGAAUAUAGAACUCCUGCAUCACUCUAAACUCAGACCAAACUCAUUGCUAUAUUUGAG